AUGUCAACAGUUGAGAAAUAUAUUCCAUUACCUCAAAGUGCUGGAUAUGGUGUUCUUUUGGGUUUUGGUGCAGCUUUUGCAAUUGGGAUGUGCUUAACCACUUUUAUGUUAAGAAGAUAUAACAAAGAAAUCAUAACAUCAGAAGAGUUUGCAACAGCCGGUAGAUCAGUCAAGACCGGUUUGAUUUCAGCAGCAGUAGUCUCAAGUUGGACAUGGGCUGCCACACUUUUAACUUCAACAACUCAAGCUUAUAAAAAUGGUGUUUUUGGUGCAUUAUCUUAUAGUUUAGGUGCUACUGUUCAAAUUACUUUAUUUGCUUGUAUCGCUAUCAAGGCAAAAUUGAGAGCUCCAGCUGCUAGAACUUAUUUAGAAAUUGUUAGAGCAAGAUAUGGUACAACAACUCAUAUUGUUUAUAUUUUUUGGGGUUUAUUUACAAAUAUCUUAGUUACUGCUAUGUUAUUAACUGGUGGUUCAGCAGCAGUAUGUGAUUUAACUGGUAUGCAUCCAGUUGCUGCAUGUUUAUUAAUUGGAUUAUCACCUACUAUUUAUUCAAUUUUUGGAGGUUUAAAAGCAACAAUUUUAACAGAUUACGCACACACAUUAAUUAUGUUGGUUAUUAUUUUAAUUUUUGCAUUCAGUGUUUGGGCAACUAAUUCAAAAUUAGGAUCUCCUGGAGCUGUUUAUGAUAUCAUUAAAGAAUUAGGUAAAACUCAUCCAGUUGAAGGUAAUGCAGAAGGUUCUUAUUUAACAAUGAAUUCAAGAUCAGCAGGUAUAUUUUUUGUCAUUAAUAUCGUUGGUAAUUUCGGAACAGUGUUCCUUGAUAAUGGGUAUUUUAACAAAGCCUUUGCAGCCAAUCCAGGAAGUGCUUAUAAAGGGUACAUUUUAGGUAGUAUUGCUUGGUUUCAAGUUCCAUGUAUCACUAGUUUAACAAUGGGAUUUGCUGCUCUUGCUUUACAAUAUACAGAACAUUGGCCAAUGGGUAGAGCUUUAACUACUGAUGAAGUCUCUGCUGGUUUAGUUUUACCUACUGCAAGUGUUGCCUUAUUGGGUAAAGCAGGUGGUGUUUUAAGUUUAAUUAUGAUUUAUAUGGCUGUUACAAGUGCUAUGUCUUCAGAAUUAAUUGCUGUAUCAACUAUUUUCACUUAUGAUGUUUAUAGAACUUACGUUAAUCCAAAAGCUGAUGGUAAAAAAUUAAUUUGGAUUUCUCAUGUUGGAUGUGGUGUAUUUGCUUAUGUUAUGGCAGGUUUUGCAAUUGGUCUUUAUUAUGCUAAUGUUUCAAUGGGUUUCUUGUACGAACUUAUGGGAAUUAUUAUAGGUGCAGGAGUGUUCCCAAUUGCUAUGACUAUUUUAAGUGCUAGACAAAAUUGGGCAGCUGCAACUUUUAGUCCUCCAAUUGGUACUGGUUUAGCUAUUAUGACUUGGUUAAUCGUUUGUAAAACCAAAUUCGGAGCUGUUACUUAUGAUAAUUUAUUCAUGGACGAUUCUAUGUUAGCAGGUAAUGUUGUUGCUUUAUUAUUCCCAUUAAUUACAGUUCCAGUAUUUACAUUAAUUUUUGGACAACAAAAUUUUGAUUGGAAUAUUUUAAAUACUAGAAUUACUAGAGUUAAUGAAGAAGCAGAAUUAUUAGAAGCAACUAAAUCAGAAAAUUAUGAUGAUGAUGAAAAAUUAAGUCCAGUUAAAUCACCAAUUUCAAUUGUUGCAACUGAAUUAGCAGAACAUGAAAGACAACAUUAUACUGAAGAACAACAAAUUUUACGUAAAGCUUUCAAAAGAUGUUCCAUUUUCUUUAUUGUAUUUCCAAUUUGGGAAAGUAGAGGAAGUAUUGCAAGUACUGCAAGAGGUGUUUAUUGGGAUUUAACUGGUCAAACUUAUAAAUUAAGAGCAUGGCAAGAAAAUCAUCCUGAAAAAAUGCAUGCGGUUAGAUCACAAAUUAAUGCUCAAUUAUCAAAUGCUCAAGUUGUUGAUGGUAGAUCGGUUGAAAUGGAAUAUCCAAGUAUUGAUGAUGAAAUUGAGAAAAAAUAA